AGUGGCUACACCAGCCAUGAGCAUCAUCGAGGCCGAGGAUGAGGACUUUGAGAAUGAUCUGGACCCCACGGUGGAUGACCACAGCAGUCACUUCACCAGUAUAGAGCUAGUGAAGAGCCGGCCAACCCACCUGCUGGUCUUCCUUCAGCACGUCAUCCUGCAGUUCGACUGCUCCUCCCUGUUGUGUUACCUCCAUGCUGACCUCUUCAAGAACCUCAGUACCAAAGAGACCAAGAAGCAGUUUGUGGAGUUCUACAACAGCUUCCUGGACAAGAGCGCUAUUCUCAGAGUGCAAAUACCUCACAAUGUAUCGUUUGAGUUGGACCGUACCAGACCAGACCUGCUCAGUGAGGAGCAGCAGAAGAAGUUUGUKCAGGAUGUCCAGUUGGCUCAGGCCCCAGAGGUGCUGCGACAGCUGGAAGACUUUAGGCAGAAGAGGAUGAUGGGUAUGACCCCUAACGCGGCAGAGCUGCUGGAGGUGGAGUCUCACUACCCCACCGAUCGUAUCCCCAUGGAGAUGAAGGAGAAGGCCGUGGCAGAGACCCUGCUGGACAAAAUGUCUGAGAUCCAUCCCUCCAUCGUCGCAGACGAGGAGAAAUGUUCGUCGAUCUUUGCAGCAGUGGCCUUCUACAUGAAGCACCUAGGAGUGAAGUCCAGAGUAGCUGACAGUAAGAAGUCCAGAGGGUUCUUCAGGAGACCCCUUGGGAAGAAUAAGAAGAGUGAGGAGUCCACUAAAUCUAAACCGAAGGGGGGUUUUCCCAACAUCCUCAGCGCCGCCGGUGGCUGGAUUGCUGGCAGCACUGAGGUCAAACUUCCUAAAGUGGAGGCUGAAGUGGAUAAAGAGAAGGUGAAUCAGGAGCGUAAGGUUCCCAGCAGCCUCGUCCCCUCUCGAGGCUCCUCCUCAGACUGUAUAUCUUGGGGGUUUUCCACCAUCCUCAGCGCCGCCGGUGGCUGGAUUGCUGGCAGCACUGAGGUCAAACUUCCUAAAGUGGAGGCUGAAGUGGAUAAAGAGAAGGUGAAUCAGGAGCGUAAGGUUUCCAGYGUCUUCCCCCCCUCUCGAGGCUCUUCCGCCCCUGAUGCUGCUCCUCCAGCAUUAAACAGGAAGUCUGUUUCCACAGGAUCCUCCCCCCAUCAGGGUUUGGAGGUCAGUGAGGGCCCAGUAGUUCACAUCAGUGUGACCUCCAGCCCAGACUUCUCCCACAGCGAGAUAGGUCUGUUCAGCAGCCGUUCGGACCCCCAUUUGGUGGCGGAGGGGGGCGAGCUGUCCCCCGCGGGGAUGGCAGGGGGGCUGGCUAUAUGGGAGCUCCCCUCACCCAAUGAACCCCCCCUGGAGGAAAACCUGGACAAAGACAGUGUUGAUGAAGGGGUGUUACUCCCCAGGGUGUGCCUCCCAGGUCUUUCCCUCUCUGCCCCACCCCCAGCAGGAGGAACAGGACCCUCGCCUCCUGGAGCUGGAGCAGACCCGCCCAACUGGAGAGAACACACCCCCCAGACACCCUCAAAGACCUCAGCAAAGGAGACCAAGCGGCAGGAGGUCAUCAACGAGUUGUUUGCGACGGAGCACGCCCACGUGCGCAUGCUGAGUGUUCUGCAAGUGUUCUGGAAGCCUCUGGAGAGAGAGGAACUCAUGACCGCCACAGAGCUGGCCACCAUCUUCCCAGCUGGAUGAGUCAUAGACAUGCACUAUGCUUUCUAUGAGCACCUGAAGAAGCUGCGUCAGCACAAUUUCAUCGUCAAGGCCAUCGGAACCACGUUACUCAACAGGUUUGGAGGGACGGAGGGUGAGUGGUUUCAGAAGCUGACGUCUAGGUUCUGUAGUCACCAGACGUGGGCCCUGGAACAGCUGAAGAUGAGACAGAAGAAAGACCCUCGUUUCAACUCCUUCAUACUGGAGGCAGAGAGUAGGCCUCAGUGUCGUAGGCUGCAGCUGAAGGACAUCAUCCCCACUGAGAUGCAGAGGCUCACCAAAUACCCCCUACUGCUGGAAAACAUCGCCAAGUGCACAGAGGACACCUUGGAGAAGGAGAGUAUUCAGCAGAGUGCAGAGUGCUGUAGGAAGAUCCUCAACCACGUCAACGAGGAGGUCAAACAGAUGGAGAACCUGCUGACCCUGAAAGACUACCAGCGCAGGCUGGACACCUCAGGACUCAAACCCAGUAACGAGCUGUAUCUGGAGUACAAGUACCUUGACCUGGCCCAGAGAAGGAUGAUCUAUGAGGGGCCUCUGACCUGGAGAGUGACCAAGGAGAAAACAUUAGAAGUGCAGUGUGUGUUGCGGGAUCUGUUGGUGCUGUUACAGAAGCAGGAUGAUAAGAUGGUGUUGAAGUGUCAGAGUAAGAGUAACAUCGCUGUUCAGGAGGGCAGCAGUGCUCAGCCUAUCAUCAAACUAGACUCUGCCUUCCUCCGAGAGGUGGCCACAGACCGUAAGGCCUUCUACGUGAUCUUCACCUGGGACAGCGGGGCUCAGAUCUACGAACUGGUGGCUCAUAUGUCGGGGAGAGGAGGAAGCUUCGACUUGAUUGGCAACACGAUCAGUCAUGUCCUCAAGAGACUAUUGGUUGGCAGCAUCAGCCUAUCAGAUGACUCACAGCCUGAUGAGAAGAAUGGAAGGGAGGGCCAGGGAGGACCAAGGACUGCAAGGGGAGGAGGAGGGAGAGGAGAGGGUGGAGGGAUGAAGAUAGAUGAGGAGGGAGGGAUCAGUGCUCCUCUGGUUCUGUAGGAGAGGAUGGAGGAGGUGCGCUGGAAACUGCAGAGUCUGGAGGUACAGCUGAAGAGACUGCAGAGUGUUGAGGAGGAGCACCACAGGCUGCAGCAGGCCCUGUCUAAGUUCUCCCUGGAGGGGGGCAACUUCUAGUGGGACACCAGAUCACUGUAAGUGCUGGAUUGGAGUGCUCGAGUUGCUUUUGGAGGAUUGAUGAAUGCGUCCUGGAAUUUCCUAUUUACUAAACACUCUCUGUGCUCCACUGCCAUGCCUGAGCCCUUGUUAAACAUUUCCAGGGGGUCGCAGUCAACCGUGAGGCUCUUGCAAGGCGGAGGAGCACGGCUUUACGCAAAGUAGUUCAGUAAUGCAAUGUGGGAGGUGUGUGUGUUUGUGCGUGUUUGUGAACAUGCUCGUAUGUACAAGUGCGUGAGCAUGUGAGAGAUGGGAGUUUUGCAAACAGGUGCCAAAGAUUGGAGCAGUAGUUUGCUGUGAGAGAGAUGCUGCCUGGGCUUAUUGAUUGUGAGCUUCUGCAACACACACACACACACACACACACACACACACACACACACACACACACACACACACACACACACACACACAACAGAUACUUCCCCCAGUGCAUGUUCAAUAAAUAUAUCUAUCAUUGCCAACUGUAGGGGUUUGGACUGUAUAAUAAACCCCCAUGUAUGCAUGUAGAGAGAGAUACUAGUGUCAGCCCUAUAGAGGGCGAUGUAGAGCUGUAGAACCAGACAGGAACAUGCUCAGAGUUGUGAAAUUCUGGUAACCAAAAUUCACAGGUUUUCCCCAAAUCCUGGUAGGAAGAUUCAGGAGGGAAUAAGGAGGAAUUCUGGGAGUCGUUCAACUGAGGUUUUCUGAAAUACCUGGGAUUUUUGGGAAACUUUCCAAACCUAGACAUUUUACUGAACAUUUAGUAGGCCUCUAUAUCCAGUACAUGCCAAAGUACAGCAGAGAUGCACUUUUAAGUUAGUAUAAUCCAAUUCAAGUGACCACCCACACUGAAUUCCCAACAUUGAAUUUGC